GAAGAUCAUCAUACGCAAAAUAGCAAUGUCUUCCACGUGGAUUCACCUGCUGGGAUUGCUGGCCCUGUUCCUUUUCGUGACCCUGGCCACAGGAGAACCCCUUCCCUUCGACGAGCGACGCCACAGAGGCUGGAAUCCACGGCGAGGAUCAAUGCCGUCGUUUCCCCACACACCACCUUUUAAUUCCCAUGGAUAAACGAAAAAUAUUUGUUCAAGGAAACACCAAAAUAAAUAUAUGUAUCUCAAUAUCAAGAGUGAAUGUUUUCAAAAA